AUGGCCGAAUGGGAGUAUCGAAACGAAGCGAUAGCUCUUCUGCCUGUGUCAAUACCUCCACCCCUGAAAGAUCUGUCCUGGACGACCCCAGAAAGCUCCUUCACCACUGUCCCGACAUUGAUUCCACCUCUUACAAGCGGGGCGGAUCCUCUUCCAUGCGGGUGUCAUGGUUCCACAGAUGUCAUCCAAUCCCCGGAGACUAUGACUGAGACGCCGACGUUUAUUACCACCCACACUCCUUCAAGCUCGAAAACAUUAGAAAUUAUUGUGACAUACACUAAAUCGCGCGGACCUGGCACCAUCACGAACGCCUUGGUCCCUCCGACUGGGCCAGAUGUCGACUUCACGGCGCCGAGAGCAACCGAAUCCGAGACUCUUACCAACCCCCUGCUCUCCGUGUUCCCUGACUCGGAUCUACCGACUGUAUUCACCUCAACUUCUACGUUAACAUCUAUCUCCGAGAUAUCUGCACCAACACCAACUAUCAGCGCAGAGCAGGACUCAUCAAAGACAGACAUUCGCCUCGCCUUGGUCACCAUCUUCACAGCCAUCUUCUACAUCAUUUUAGUCGGCAUCGUUAUUGUCAUCAUUCGCAGAAAACGACGGAGGGCGGAGGUGCUUCAGGAGGAUGGCGUACAAUUUCUAUUGCGUUAG